UCAGAGGGGCACCGACCGCCACCAUGAGUUCCUUUAGCUACGACCCGUACUACUCGACCUCCUACAAGCGGCGCUACGUGGAGACGCCCCGGGUGCACAUCUCCAGCGUGCGCAGCGGCUACAGCACCGCGCGCUCCGCUUACUCCAGCUACUCGGCGCCUGUCUCCUCCUCGCUGUCCGUGCGCCGCAGUUACUCGUCCAGCUCCGGCUCCUUGAUGCCCAGUCUCGAGAACCUCGACCUGAGCCAGGUAGCCGCCAUCAGCAACGACCUUAAGUCGAUCCGCACCCAGGAGAAGGCGCAGCUGCAGGACCUCAACGACCGCUUCGCCAGCUUUAUCGAGCGCGUGCACGAACUGGAGCAGCAGAACAAGGUCCUGGAAGCGGAGCUGCUGGUGCUGCGCCAGAAACACUCGGAGCCGUCGCGCUUCCGGGCACUGUACGAGCAGGAGAUCCGCGACCUGCGCCUGGCAGCAGAAGACGCCACCAACGAGAAGCAGGCGCUGCAGGGCGAACGUGAGGGGCUGGAGGAGACUCUGCGCAAUCUGCAGGCGCGCUACGAAGAGGAGGUGCUGAGCCGCGAGGACGCGGAGGGGCGGCUGAUGGAAGCGCGCAAAGGCGCAGACGAAGCGGCUCUCGCCCGAGCGGAGCUAGAAAAGCGCAUCGACAGCCUGAUGGACGAAAUCGCCUUUCUGAAGAAGGUGCACGAAGAGGAGAUCGCCGAGCUUCAGGCGCAGAUCCAGUAUGCGCAGAUCUCCGUGGAGAUGGACGUGUCCUCCAAGCCCGACCUCUCCGCCGCGCUCAAGGACAUCCGCGCCCAGUACGAGAAGCUGGCUGCCAAGAACAUGCAGAACGCCGAAGAGUGGUUCAAGAGCCGCUUCACGGUGCUGACCGAGAGCGCCGCCAAGAACACCGACGCGGUGCGCGCCGCCAAGGACGAGGUGUCCGAGAGCCGCCGCCUGCUCAAGGCCAAGACCCUGGAGAUCGAAGCGUGCCGGGGCAUGAACGAAGCGCUGGAGAAGCAGCUGCAGGAGCUUGAGGACAAGCAGAAUGCCGACAUUAGUGCUAUGCAGGACACAAUCAACAAAUUAGAAAAUGAGCUGAGAACCACAAAGAGUGAAAUGGCACGGUACUUGAAAGAAUACCAAGACCUCCUCAAUGUGAAGAUGGCUUUGGACAUUGAGAUUGCAGCUUACAGGAAACUCCUGGAAGGUGAGGAGACCCGGCUCAGUUUCACCAGUGUGGGAAGCUUAACCAGCGGCUACUCCCAGAGCUCCCAGGUCUUUGGCCGAUCCGCCUAUGGUGGUUUACAGACCAGCUCCUACUUGAUGUCGGCACGCUCCUUCCCUUCUUACUACACCAGCCACGUCCAGGAGGAGCAGAUUGAGGUGGAGGAGACCAUUGAGGCUUCAAAAGCUGAGGAAGCCAAGGACGAACCCCACUCUGAAGGAGAAGCUGAGGAGGAGGAGAAGGACAAGGAAGGGGCAGAGGAAGAGGAGGGAGCAGAAGAGGAAGAAGCUGCCAAGGAAGAAUCUGAGGACGCGAAGGAGGAAGAAGGAGGUGAAGGUGAAGAGGAAGACAGCAAAGAAGUCGAAGAGGAUGAGAAAAAAGAUGAAGGUGCAGGGGAGGAGCAAGCAACCAAGAAGAAAGAUUGAGGCCCCCUUUCCUUCAUUAUUCCAGGAAUAAUCCUCCCCAAAUCAGAUCAACCCCAUCACCAACCAAGCAGUUGAGUUCCAGAUACUAUAUGAAUUAAGAAGUCAACAUAUGUAUAAUUCUGAGAUGACUCAGGUUGGACAUUAAAUGUUGUGCUAUGACUUUUCUCCUUAUGCUGAGUAUCUGUUUGCUUGCAGAGUGGCUUCCUGGCUUGCUGCCAGCCUGUGCAUGGUCCAUGCUUAUGAGUUCAGGAUCUGUGGCAAUGUGAAUAAUUCAGAUGUUUACAAUUAAAAACAUGUGAAUAAGUGAAUUCACUAAUGUUAAUGUUAAACUCCAUGGAAAAAAUAGUCCUUUGAACCUCUGGUGGUUAGAAAUUAAAGACCUUGAAUUAUGUGCAAUAAACAGUAAAUAAAGUUACACUGAAUGACAUUUCUUGUGGUUGUUGACUUAAUUCACCUAUCUUAAAGAAGGCACCAGUAUAAGCCACAUACAAGUAAACUUGCCCUGCGGAUUUUUCUUAAGCCGAAAUAUUAACAAUUACAAUGCAUUUCUCCACUUAAUUGGUAAUUAUGAGGGAUAC